AUGGAUCUCUCUGCUUAUCCAUCUUCUGGGUCGCUUGCCACCAGCGCAUCAGCUUCUAGUCAUUUGCUAACUGCUGGGGCUGGUGACUCACGUGUUUACCUCGUAGACGUAGAGCGAGCCUGCAGCCUUCGUCACGACCCAGCCAUUUCCGGCAGUGGCGUCAAUGCCGGUUCACUUUCAUGUCACCCGGCUAGUGUGAUCCGCUCGAUGACUGGGCAUUCGGCUGCCAUUUACAGCUUGUCCGUUUGGGCACCGGGAUCACUUUUCGUUUCAGGUAGCGCGGAUGCCACUGCACGUCUCUGGGAUGUGCGCGCACCUGCACCAGUUCUGAUAGUGCCCUCUUACUCUGGCUCACAAGGUACACCUAAUAUACGCAUUCUGUGA